AUGUUUACCUUCUUUCUUUCUUUCUUUCUUUCUUUCUUUCUUUCUUUCUUUCUUUCUACCAUUUCCCUCUUUCUUUCCUUCUUUCUUUUUCUUAUCAUUUCCCUCUUUCUUUCUUUCUUAUUUUCUUCCUUUCAUCAUUUAUCUUUCUUUUUUGUACAAUUUCUUUCUUUCUUUCUUUCUUUCUUUCUUUCUUUCUUUCUUUCUUUUCCUCAUUCGUUCUUUCUUACUUUCUUUUUCCUGGUUACUUUUCCUACAAAAAAUAUAAUAAUCUUAUUUUGUUUCUUCUUCUACUUCUCCUCUUUCUUUCUUUCUUUCUUUCUUUCUUUUCUAUCUCAUUAUUUUUUUUUUCUACCCGGUUAUAACAAUCUCUUUUGUUUGUUUGUUUGUUUCUUUCUUUCUUCUUUCUUUCUUUCUUUCUUUCUUUCUGUUUGUUUAUAUCAUUCCCCUCUUUCUUAUUUUCUCCCUUUCAUUAUUUAUCUUUCUUUCUUUCUUUUAUCAUUCCCUACUUUCUUUCUUAUUUUCUCUUUCAUUUUUUAUAUUUCUUUCUUUCUUUUUUAUCAUUUCCCUCUUUCUUUCGUUCUUUCUUUCUUAUUUUCUCCCUUUCAUUAUUUAUCUUUCAUUCUUCUACCAUUUCUUUCUUUCUUUUAUCAUUCCCCACUUUCUUUCUUAUUUUCUCUCUUUCAUUAUUUAUAUUUCUUUCUUUCUUUUUUUCUUUUGUCAUUUGCCCCUUUCUUUCGUUCUUUCUUUCUUUCUUUUUUCUUUCUUUCUUAUUUUCUCCCUUUUUUCUACCAUUUCUUUCUUUCUUUCUUUCUUUUUAAACUUUCUUCAUCAGAUUCUUUCACUUUCUCUUUCUUCUUUAUACCUCCACAUAUACCUCCCACAAAUACAUCCAAUAUAUACCUCCCAGAAAUACCUCCAACGUAUACCGCCACGUAUAACUCCCAGAAAUACCUCCCAGAAAUACCUCCCACAUAUAGCUCACAGCUCAUUCCUCCCUCAUAUACCACUCAGAAAUACCUCCCACAUAUACCUCCCAGAAAUAUACCUCACAUAUAUCUCCCAGAAAUACCUCCCACAUAUACCUCUCAGAAAUACCUCCCACAUAUACCUCCCGGAAAUACCUCCCACAUAUAA